GCUUUGGGACGAAGACCCGCACUCACGAAGAUCCCGACUCGAGCUUUAUUUGAAGGAAAGGAAGAUCUUUCGCUACGAAAACCCACAUUCGAAAUGUAUAGCCCAUACGGCUCUUACAGCUCCAUGAGCGAGGUCACUCAACCGAUGGAGAUCCCUACUACCAGCUACCUCUCCAGCAACGGCGCCUACAGCGCUAGCUGCGCGUUCCCCUCGUGGCCGCGACGCUCAUCUCUUACCGACUCGGCACACGAGCAGCGAGCAACCUCUUACCUCUCCGACGAUGACCUCUUCCCUUGCGACCUGGAGGAUGACGCGCACAGCAUCUCCAGCUCGGGUAGCACGACACCUACCUCGCCCGUCGUCGCUAACGAGGUCGACCUGCUCCAGAUGCAGCGCGAACAGAUGGCUAUGCAACGCGAAGCCAUCAAGUUCCUUCUCAACGAGAAGGAGAGGAGGAAGCAGCAACUCAAGCGCCAACGUCGCAGCAGCGGCGGCAGUUCCAAGAAGAGCAGCCCCAAGUCUGCCAAGUCGGCGCACCUCGACGCCAUCUCCGAGACUGGAGAGUGAGCACCCUUUUACUUUCGUGACAGUUCAGCGUUUUUAAUGAGUAUGACUUUACAACAUUUACGACCAUUUAUGAUGAUUAUACCCCCCAAGAUACCCCCGAUCAAGUCACCAAUAGACGAGUGACGCAGCGCCACGGAUGACAUACCUGCUCCGUCCCGCGCCACGCGGAU